AGUAGGUCUAUAGUAUGAAGAUCAAAGUUGAAGUGAUUUGAGUGUGUACGGAAAUAGUGUCUUCUCUCUUAAAAUUUUUGACACUACAUAGAUGAUUUCUCUUCGAACACGAUGGAAAAUAUGGUGUUUACAUUAUUCCAACCGGCAUUUGAUAUAUUCUUGAUAUUAUUUAUUGGAGUAACAUCAAUAGUUUUGAGGCAAACCAUUCAGCCUGUUUAUAGAGGAUUUUUUUGUGAUGAUCAAAGUUUAAUGCAUCCAUAUAAAUCUAGUACUAUAAAUGCAGCCUUACUCUACAGUGUAUCCUUCAUAAUACCUUUCGUCACAAUCGCUUUAGUGGAAUAUGUGAUAUUAUUGUUCAGAAGGAAACAGCAAGGGGAAAAUAGAAAUGUUACGCAAGAUAUAAAAACAUUAUGGUUGGAAUGGCUGAAAAGAUGCCUGCGGCUUCUGAUUCUCUUCUUCUAUGGAGUUGCUAUUGUCCAUUUUACAACCAAUAUUUCUAAAUAUUCACUUGGUCGACUCCGCCCUCAUUUUAUUACUGUUUGCAAACCAGAUUAUAGUAAAUUCAACUGCAGUGCAGGCUUUAUAGAAGACCCACAUUGCACUGGUGACAAUGCAAAACAAUUAUUAGAAGCAAGGAUAUCAUUCCCAUCAGGUCAUGCUUCAAUGGCAGUAUACACCAUGAUGUUUACGGUGUUAUAUUUAGAGAAGAGAUUUACAUGGGAUGGAGUUUUAUUGUUAAAACCCUUCAUCCAGACAUGGUUAUUUUAUAUGGCAUAUUAUACAUGUAUGACUCGGAUCUCAGAUUAUAAACAUCAUUGGAGUGAUGUGUUUGGUGGAGCUAUCUUGGGUUUCAUCAUAGCUUUAUUAAUGAUAUACAAGGUCUACAAUCUAUUGCAUAAAAAAGAAGCCUGUUUAGAAGAGAAGGUUGACAAGAUAUCUGAAGGUGCAGAGACUGCAGUACAGGUACAUGCAAAUUGUACCACUGUGCUUUGAUUGAGAUGGAAUUUUUACUAAUUGCCUUCACCAUGACCAAAAGUAUGCUUAUAGGAUUGUUGAUAAAGAAAUGAGAGAUACUAUUUUUGAUACAUUUUUCGGGCUGUACUAUAUACUGGAAAACAUACUGAAUACCGGAAAACACCGGAAAAACACUAAAUACCGGAAAACACCCUAAAUAGGUAACCCGAAGAAGGGCUAUACUAUAAACCAGAAACUAACCCUAACCCUAACCCAGGCACACAGAGGACCAGGCUCCGUGUUACCUGUUUAGGAUAUUUUCCGGUAUUUAGUGUGUUUUCCGGUGUUUUCCAGUAUUCAUUAUAACAUGGUGUUUUCCGGUUGUUUUCCUGUGUUUUUCGGUGUUUUCUUGUAUAUAGUAUUGUUGCAUUUUUCUUAGUAUUUGUUAUAUGUUUUAUUCAUUACUUUGUCUAAUAUUACAAAGGUAAACAGUUAAACAUGUCAAUAGUUUUAAUUUUAGCUCUUCUUUAAAGAAGAUUCACAACACAGUUUAUGUGGAAAACAAACACUGGUUUUACAUAUAGACUCACGAUGUUUUGACAAGUGUUCUCUUAUCUUUAUCAAGCACAAAUUAAGACUAAUUACUGUAUUAAAUGAUCAUUUGUUAUCAACUGCAGCAAGGUCGUCCAGUUAUAACCAAUUAACCAGACAAGAUAAAUUUUUCUAAUAAUUCACUACUUUUGUUUUUGUAACAAUAUUUAAAAUUGCAAAUUACGCUAAUAACUAACAGUUUAUGUACAAUUUUAAUGUAGAUAAAUCAAGUAAAGUUGGCUAUGUAAGAUAUAAAUAUCAAUGCAAUUCAUUGCAACAUCUUUAUUAGUAGUCUCGGUCACCCAGAACCACCCAAGGUUCAAUAGACGGAGGGUCUGGGUAGGUUGUAAACAAUUAGCGAAAUUUACGUGAUAAUCAGCCACAUAAGAAAUAAACUCCUGGUUACGCAUGGGCAACUGCUAUUCAAACAAGCAGUUCUCAAAUUGUGAGGCUAGAUGUUCAUUACCAUAUUAAAGAAACCGGUAUCAUGGAUAGAAUGUAAGAAUGAUGAAUGAAUAACACCUUCAAUCAAACCAUAAUAUCUUGCUCAGGGAAGCUAUUGCAUGAUAUGAAAUGGGGUUAUGUGUCCUACUUUACUGCACCUAUAAAGACACAGAGAGAGAUGGGGUUUAAUUCCACUCAACACAAACUAGGUCAUUUCGGGACUAAAAUAUGGUUCAAUUUUAUUUCAAUAAUUCGCUUGCGCGUAGGGGUCUUUUGCAGGGGGGGGAAACUGGAGGACCUAGAGGAAACCCAUGAGGUUGGAUAGGCGAGCCUACUCCUUGUCACGUACAACUGGGGAAUCGAAACCACAGCAGUUGACUCAAUGACAGGCCUUAUGAUACAAUGCGCACACGCUAACCAUUCAGCUAUCGACCCCGCCCUUCCCCAUAUAGAUUAAUAAUCCCUAUACUGAGAUUAUAACAAAUGAUACAAAUGUAUGCAAAUUAAUGAUACAUGAAAUUUAAAAUAAUUAUGAAUAUGUGAUAUAUAAUAUAUUGUGGCUAUAAUUGAAAUACUCAGCACUAAAUUAGUUUUUGAAAUUUAUUCUCAUAAUAUCAUUUAUUUUUUAUAUUUGUUUAUGUUAUAAGCUACAUUUUGUAGCUAACCUAGGUUCUCUUCUCAAAAGCAGUCAAUGCAGUAAUAUGAUUAUUUGGAUCUUAUUUUAUUUAUACCCAUAUUACUUAGGGCAAUAUGGGAAAUAUUCUGAUACUAGAAAAAUUAUGUGACUAUAUAUCAAAAUAUUUCACUAAAUAUGUUAACAUACAAAUGGCCAAUAAUCAGUAAAUUGAAUAUAUUCAUAAAAUGGUUGCUAUAUUUGAUCAAAUAAACAAAACAAGUUGAGAUUUGUUUGAUAAAAUGUUAAUUUACAGCAGUAAAUACAAUUUCCUUUUAAAUACUGUUGUAAAUUAAUCUUACGUUCCAUGGACUCAAGAAAUGAAUGCCAGUAUUUAAUAUAUUGAAUUGUGAACAUUACAAGCACAUUGAUAGUAUUUUAUUGCCAGUUUUAGUAUUAAAUAGAUAAAAUGAAUAUGUUUGAAUGUCAGGGAGAUGGUCUGUGAAAACAUAUCUAAUGUCACAGGUUUUCAGUAUGAAUAAUAACAAGUGAUAUAAUGCUAUUGUUUAUAUAAACAUAAAUAUCACCCAGCACCAAUGUUUACCAUUUAUACAAUCUUUACCAUUUUAGAAUCAUUUAUUUCUAAAUUAUGCUAGUUGUCUUCAUUGAUUUGACCCCGCUAUAUUCUUUAUACUCAAAAUACAUUUUUCAAUAGAAGGCCGAUUAGCAAGCUCCUACAUGUAUCUUAGGAAUGAUGUGCAUAGAUAGAAACUUGUGAUCAGGACUACUAAUAACUAUAAUACAACCAGCAAAUCCUCAGAUUUCAAGAUUUAAAAUAUUUGUUCAAGUUUUUGUAUAACUGAAUUAGAGUAACUAAAUUCCUUGAGCAUAAAAAAAGUCUUUCAUAUGUAUGAUAUUAAUAUUAUUUUAGCAACAUUGUAAAUAUCACUAUCUAAAGUAUCUUUCUAAAAAAAAAUCAAAAAAAAUCACUAUUUUGUACAAUUUUUGUUGUUAUUACAUAACAUAAUUUCAAAUUCUUAUUCAAAGUUUUGUAAAACUGAAUUAGAGUGUCAAUAUAACAUCCUUAAAAUCACUUAUUGUCUAAAAUUUUCAGACAAUUACCAUAAAUGAAAAAGAUAUAUCUUAUUGAAAAUACAUCGAAUAAUUCAAAUUGUUAUAUUAUUUAAAAUUUGUACAAAAAAAUUGUUACAGCUUGUUUUAACUUUAUAAUUACUAUUCAAGCAAAUAUUAGAUAUUAGUAUUGUUUUCUUAAGAUGCAGUCAUUACUUUCUCAUAGGUAAAUAUUUAUAUUAAUAUUUUUAAGAGAUUUUUUGUUUUUGAUAUGUUGAUAUUAUUAUUACAUUAUGUUUUUGUUCCCCACCUUUCGAAGAAAGCAGGGGACUAUUAAAAUGGGUCUGUCUGUCCAUCUGUCCGUCACACUUUUUGGGACACAAUAACUCUCUUUCUAAUUGAACUAGAAUGUUCAGACUUGGUGUAGGUGUUUAUUAGGUCAAUGCCUUGGUGGAGUUCGGAGAUGAGCUUUAUCUGCUUAGGGUAAGCAGAGAUAAGCUAUUUGAUUAGUUGAUGCUUUGGGACACGAUAACUUUAGUCCUAAUUAAGUGAGAGUGAGGCCACUUGGUGUAUAGCUUUAUUACAUCAAUACCUUGACUAAGUUCGAUAAUGAACAUUUUCUGCUGAGGGUAAGCAGAGCAAUAAGCAGUUCGAUUGGUCGAGACUUUGGAACACAAUAAUUCUCCUUCUAAUUGAGCUAGAAUGUUCAAACUUGGUGCAGGUGUUUAUUAGGUCAGUGCCUUGAUGGAGUUCAAUGAUGAACAUUGUCCACUUAAAGUAAGCAGAAAUAAGCAAUCUGAUUGGUUGAUGCUUUGGGGCACUCCCUGUACGCAAACAGUGUUAAAGUAUGUAAUAUCAAGGUUGUGGACCCUCUAGACCUAGAGCUCACAAUUUUGAUGAAACUUAAAACGUGUUUAUAUCCCAAAGAUCUUGGUUCCUUUCGAUAUUCACACAUAUCAGACCGCAAGUUUCUGGAUUAUGACACCCGAUUGUACGUGAAAAUCAGGAUUUUAGCUUGUGGGCCCUCUAGAGGUCACAGUUUUUAUCCGAUUUUAAAAAUCAUUUAUAUAUAUCAUUGUUACACCCUGAUGAUGAUUCAGUUCGAAUUCCGCAAAAAUUGGACCGAAACUGUCCGACAAAAUGGCCGCUCCUUGAACGCAAAUGGUGUAAAAGUAUUUUGAUUGAACUUAAAAUAUAUGUUUAUAUCCCAAAGAUCUCAGUUCCUUUGGAUAUUCACACAUAUCAGACAAUAACUUCCUGGAUUAUGGCUCCUGAUUGUACGUAAAAUCACAUUUUUCGCUUGUGGCUCCUCUAGAGGUCACAAUUUUUAUACGAUUUUAAAAACUGUUUAAACAUAUCACCAUUGCACCAUAAGGCGGAUUGAGUUUGAAUUUCAGGAAACUCGAGAAACGAAACUGCCCAAUAAAAUGGCCGUUCACUGUACACAGAUUGUGUAAAAGUAUGUAAUACAAAGAUUGUGGACUUUCUAGAGGUCACCGUUUUUUGUUCAAUUUUGAUGAAACUUAUAAUAUAUCUUAAUAUCAUGAAGAUCACAGUCCCUUUCAAUAUUUGCUCAUUUCAGACCAUAACGUCCUGGAUAAUGGCCCUUGAUUGUAAGAAAAAACACGUUUUUUUUUUAGCUUUUUCUCUAUCCAUCUCUUGCAAAAUGUGGAUUUAUCUUGCCUGGCAACCGCUGGUUUCAAAGAAUGGUGCCCUUAAGAAGCUCGUAGUAAGAGGUACCUGGUCCAAGAAUCAAAAUAAUUUUUAAAUAUCAAUAUUUUUUAACAGAUUUUUGUUUCUGAUAUAAUGUUGAUCUUAUUUUUAAUUUUAUUUUUAUUUUCUUGUGCAUUAUGUAUAUUACAUUAUUCUUUUUCUGUUAAAUAACUUUUAUAAAUCUUUAGGUGGCAUUCAGUAACUGGAUAGAGUAAUAAGAAAACACUUUCUUAUGGAAAAUAGCCACUAGUAAGCCUAUAGUUAGGCGACAUUUCAAAGAGCACUUGCUCAACCUUACCUAUACUUGUAGCUGAUUUCCAUAAGUAUAUGUUUUCUUAUUAACUUUUUUUUUUUAUUAUCAUCUUGUUACUAAAUUGUCAAAUAUAUCCAUAUCUAUUUUCUUUGUUUCCUUGGAGUUUUUAUUAGUGGAAAAUGUGUAUUAUUUGUUCCAUAUCCAAUAAAAUUUAUUUAGCUAA